GUCGACAGGCUGGUGCGGGGCGCUGCGUCAGCGGGCGCGCGGAGGCCGGUUCCAGCGCCGCGGAGCAGGAAGGGGGAGGGAACGGCAACAACAACACACACACACACAAAAAAGAGAAAAUAUCAUUGACGGGCUCCGCAGUCACCGGGGCCGGCGGGGUCGGGGGUUCGGGAGGAGAGAGAGCCCGGCAGGGGAGGACCCCCGCAGGUCUCAGUCCGGCUCGGCCCGGCCCGUCCGAGGGGGAGAGGGCCGGUGUCAGACAGACGGGGUGGGGCGAGGGGCGGCCUGAGCUGGGGUUGCAGACAAGACGGUGAGUCCCUGAAGUUCUCCAGACAGAGAGCGAAGGGAAAGGAGGCAGACGGCGGAGCGGGGAGUGGGGGCCGGGCUGGAGGAGGGACUACCGAAAAAAAGCGAGAGAGGGGGGGAGGAGGAGGAGGAGGCGGCUCGUCGCUGUUCUCCAGUCUCUUUUCCCUGUCUUUGUUUCAUACUCUUUUGUUAGCCAUGCCUAGCCUGCUGGUUCUAGCAGGGAUCAUGGAAAAGAAUGGGGGCUACGGCGGGGCUCUAGCCGGCUCCGGCUUCGGAACCGAGGGGCUGCUGCUGCCCCCCGACGAGGAGGAGGACGACUCCCGCGCCCUGCGGGUCGCCCUGGGGCAGCUGUCGCUGCUGGGGCUCGGGGAGCCGGAGGACGGCGGGGGCGCUCCCGCGGCGGGCGUCCAGGCGGCGGACCGGUGCAGCAGCGGCGGCAGCAGCAGCACCACCAGCCACACGGGCAACGGCGGCGGCGGCGGCGGCGACGGAGGUCUCCUGCAGCCCAAGAACAAGUUGUGCGUCCUGUACGAGAGCUGCGCCGAGGCGAAAGGACGCGGCUGCAACAUCACGGAGUGCGUGCCCGUCCCCAGCUCCGAGCAUGUGGCCGAGAUAGUGGGCAGACAAGGCUGCAAGAUCAAAGCCCUGCGCGCCAAGACCAACACCUACAUCAAGACGCCGGUGCGGGGCGAGGAGCCCGUGUUCCUGAUCACGGGCCGCAAGGAGGACGUGGCGCUGGCCCGGCGGGAGAUCAUCUCGGCGGCGGAGCACUUCUCCAUGCUGCGGGCGUCCCGGAACAAGCUGGGCGUGUCCUUCAGCGGCUCCCCGCCCGCCCUGCCCGGCCAGACCACCAUCCAGGUGCGGGUGCCCUACCGGGUGGUGGGGCUGGUGGUGGGGCCCAAGGGCUCCACCAUCAAGCGCAUCCAGCAGCAGACCUGCACCUACAUCGUCACGCCCAGCCGGGACAGGGACCCCGUCUUCGAGAUCACGGGCUCGCCGGGCAACGCGGAGCGGGCGCGGGAGGAGAUCGAGGCCCACAUCGCCUUCCGCACGGGCGGGCUGCACGACCUCAACAACGAGAACGACUGCCUGGCGGGCGAGGGCGGCGCGCUGGAGACGCGGCUGCAGGAGGUCUGGGGGCUGCAGGCCCACCGCAAGCCCCUGUGCAGCAGCUACCGGCAGAACAGCAGCCUCCUGGACCCCCUUCCCGGGGGCGGGGGGUUCGGCAAGCCCGACUUCCCCGGCGACAAGCCCUCCUCCUACUUCGGCUCGGACGGGACCCCCUGCUGGGGGGACCCCGAUUACCCCAAGCCGGCCGCCUUCUACGCCCAGCAGCGCUCCAAGAGCUUCGGGGGGCUGCCGCUGCCCCUGGCCAGACUGUCCCCGGGGCUGCAGGAGCCCGGCGCCCCCGCGCCCGCCCACGCCCAGGCCCGGCGGGCCCACAGCGAGCCCAUCUCCGCCAGCGCCGUCUUCCCCUCCCGCCUGGCCCUGCCCGACUCGCCGCCCGCCAGCCGGGACUGCAUGACCUGCUUCGAGAGCAAAGUGACAGCCGCCCUGGUGCCCUGCGGGCACAACCUCUUCUGCAUGGAGUGCGCCAUCCGGAUCUGCGAGCUGGCACACCCCGAGUGCCCGGUCUGCCACACCCUGGUCACACAGGCCAUCCGAAUAUUUUCCUAAACCUUUUUUUACAUUA